AUGGCAAACGGCGGCUCUAACCCGCACAGUACAAAUGGGUCACGAAAGGCAGUCAGUCGCAAGUACAAUUCGGCUGCCCCAGACUUUGCCGGCUACGAGGAUGUGGCAUAUGAGCUACCAGAAACGGAGACUCCGUAUCAACGCUCUGCUCAAAAAGCUACACAAGGACGAAAAGGGCGGCCCUUCUCGGUGAGAGCUGGUGAUCAACCGGCCGCUGACCUGAACUAUACGACGCGCAAGCCUGUUCCCGGUAUGCCGCCGGGCAGUAUAGAGGAAUCAACCACCCCUCGAGGUCUUCCUCCUGCCGAGUAUACCUCAGAAUCCAAUGCAGCUAUGCAGAGCGAGGAAAACGCAUACCCGUCGGCCCCCAUCUCCCCAGGGCAGCCAUCACCUCUAAGUCGCUCUAAUACCUCACAAUCCACAGCCGAAAAACGGCGAGACUGGGCACCCGAUCGCUCGCCAUUACAGAAACUAGAAGUUACUCUGAAUGGGAUCAGCAAGGAGGAGAAGCGAGCACGAGUUCAAGAAGCUGAGAUGCGCCUCCGAGAACGUCUUGCUCGCCAAAAGGCUGAGCGCGAGAAAGCCGAAUCAACGGCUGUUGUUCCUCCGCCGAGUCAAAAGCUAGAGAACCGUGUCCCUUCCGGACGACCCAGAACGAGCGGACGGAAAGACCUUAUUUUGGAAGAUGCUCCUCCAGAUGCACCCGUACCACGACAGCCUGAAGGCAUUGUCAUGCGUCAUACUAGGAACGUCUCCACAACCCCACAGUAUCCGGCUAUCCAACGACCUGAAGGUGCUCAAUAUGCGCAGGCAGAUGUUGCCGUACCCGUUUCGGCAAAGAUGGGCAAUGUGCCUCGAAGAUCUGUUACAGUGAGCGGACCAAAAUCUGGGCCUCCCGGCGGCCGCAUGCCCCCGACCCGCUCUGUCUCUCAAUCAGGACCUUCAAAGCCCGUACGAGUUGCUGCCGUAGCCACAGAGGCCACAGAAGCAGAGAGGGUUGAGACUCCGCCCGCACUACGAACUGCACGAGCAGCCCAAGAAAGUGUCGAGUCUCACCAGAAGUCGAAGCGAGAGAAACAAACAGUGUCUUUCGAUAUGCCGCCACCCACCCCGCCACCGGUCUUCGAGUGGAAGAAUGCACCAAUUGCUCGUCUUGGUGCAUCUGACUUUGAUUUCCAACACCUCGAUAUCAACAGGAGCAAAGCGUGGUGGGAAGGCGGCGCCAGUAAAGACCGCCGAAAGAGCAGAGCUCUCCCUAAGAACUAUCAGACACCGGCUCAGAAGCUGACAGGUGUAACUGAGCACAAGAAUUUCCAGCCCAAGCUUUUCUUGAGAUGUGGCCCACUUCUUCGGUACACGGGCAUCAAGAAAGUGAACAUCGAUGGUUCCCAGGGCCCUGUUGAAAAAGAGAUCUGGCGAGGCUCCAUCUUGAUCGUGACAAAGGACUCCCGCUCCUCAUACGACAACCCGCCUACCCUGAGGCUGUUCUCUCAACCGAUGGAUAUCCUCCCUCCUCCCCCGACUGAAGUCAGUGGAGCGGACCUCGCACCUGAAUACAUUGACCCAACCGCAGGCCUCAUGAAAGUUGGUCGCGAUGGCCGACCACUCUAUGUCAAGCCAGUUGAUCAUCUCGAAGAAGAAGUUGACCUCUCCGGAGUGGAGAACGAUGACGGUCUUUAUGAGCUGUCACCCAGCAUGAUCGACCACACGCCCGAGAAUGGCACGCAGCCCAUUCCUUCGAACCGAAUCAACUCUGUUGAUGGAGAGACCGCAGAGGUCCAUCGUGAUGUUCCCGGAGUCCGUCUUUAUGCCGACUCUGCGCGAGAUGUGACAUUCUGGCGAUUCAAUGUCGAGAUCGAGCUCAGCCCGACGCAGCAGCGAGUCGCCUAUCGCAUAAACCAGGGACCUGCAUUGGGCUUCUGGGUGCCUGCUAUGGGUCAGCCCAUGAACAUCAUGUUCCAUAGCGGCAACGGCUUUGGCCCGUCAGUCGAUUCUAACCGAUUCUGUGGACCCGAUCCUCUCUGGCGAGACAUCCUAAACGAGCACCAGACUCGACCCUUUCAUGUUAUGAUUGGCGGAGGUGACCAGAUUUUCAAUGACUCGGUCAUCACCGAUUCAACUCACUUCCAGGAAUGGAUUAAGAUUAAGAACGCCGGAGAGAGAUACGGCAUGCCUUUUACGGCCGAGUUCCGUGCAGAAAUCGAGCAGUUCUACCUGGAACGCUAUGCUUCAUGGUUCUCCCAGGGCCUCUUUUCCCUUGCAAAUUCCCAGAUCCCGAUGGUCAAUAUGUGGAAUGACCAUGAGAUCUUUGAGGGCUUUGGCUCCUACCAUGACGAUUUCAUGCAGAGUGUGGUCAUUUCAGGAUUGGGACGGAUUGCGUUCAAAUACUAUCUACUAUUCCAGCACCACAGCGUGCCGGAAGAGACCGAGGCCGAUGAGCCUAGCUGGCUUCUUGGUGCUCACCCUGGCCCUUAUAUUGAGCAAAGAAGUCGAAAUUUGUUCAUGUCUCUUGGCAACGAUGUUGUUCUUCUUGGCCUGGAUUGUCGAACUGAACGAAGGAGUAAUGAGGUCCUCGCGGAGGAAACAUGUGACCUUAUCUGGGACCGCUGCCAUCAGGAGAUAAUCAAGGGAGAAACUAAACACUUGAUUGUUCUGUCUAGUGUGCCCAUUGCCUACCCCCGAGUGGCGAUGCUCAAGAAUUUCUUGAAUAGCCGCAAGUCGCUGGGCAAGUCCGGUAUGCUCGGUGGGCUUGUCAAUCGAUCUGGCGGCAAUGUGGAGGUGUUUGAUGACCACUGGGCCGGAAAGCACCUGAAGUCCGAGCGAACGUGGCUGGUUGAAGACUUACAGGACCUUGCUGCCGAGAAGUCUGUUCGGGUCACAAUCCUCAGUGGUGAUGUUCAACUGGCUGCCAUCGGACAGUUCUAUUCCAACACGGGUCUGGACGUGUCCAAGGACCGUGACUACCGCUACAUGCCGAAUGUCAUAUCCUCUGGCAUCGCCAACAUGCCCGAGACGGAGCUAAUCUCGGACAUGCUCAAUAAGCGCAACACUGUGCACCACAUGGAUUCGAAUACAGAUGAGGACAUGAUUCCCAUCUUCACACAAGACGUUGACGGCAAGCCCCGAAACAACAAACGUCUCCUCCCUCGACGCAACUGGUGUUCUAUACGAGAAUACCUUCCUGGCUCAACGCCACUUGGCACACCUGAGUCAGAGAUGACGCCUACCCCAGAACCCCGUCCUGGUAAACUCCAGCGAACCCUGUCCCUAGGACGUGGGGACAAGGGAGCAGGUGGCAAACCGCCCGGCCUCCUUCGCCGUCUGUCUACUCGGGCGGCACCUCCAACAAGGACUAUGAGCUUUGGCAGGGAGGGCGGAGCUCGCCGAUCCAGCGUCGACGGCCCCGUUGCACGUCCUCGUGAGAACGGGGACAGUUACUUCCCUGAUGAUCCGCAAGCGCCCGAGCCCGGUCGCUUUCACCGUCGGCCAACUAACCUCGGGUUGAAAGCAGCAAAGAAAGCAGCGAAACAAGGCGACGAUGGCGCAGGCGCAUUUGUCGAUCUUGAGGGUGGCCUAGCCAUAACCUUAAACAUGGAGAUCAGUCCCCAGGACCCCUCUGGCAUAACUGUGCCCUACAAGCUUCUCGUACCCGCGUUGCGCUACGAAGGCACCGAAUAUGAUCCGCCGCCGACACAGGUGGUCAAGGGCUGGCGAAAAUGGCUGCCACGACGCAAGGAGCAGGCUGAACAGGCUGAGCAUAGAGCCGACGAUGACGACGAACCCGAUGAUUACGAGGACCAUGACACAAUCAACAAUACCCGCGCCAAUGCUGCCACUGAGUCCGAUCAAUUCCAGUAUGAAGGAUAUCCGGACAGUGAAGAGGAUGAUUCGGAUGAAGUGCCUCAGCGACUGCCGCCCGACGCUCUCACCGAUUCAUCGCCGGAUGAGGAAUAUGAUGAACCAAGCCAGCAGAAGCGGAAGAAGUGGUUUGGGGUGAUUUGA